AUGGCCACCGAGAUGAUCAACAGGAAAAGAAAGGCCGACGAUGGCGAGGGCGGCGCCAAGAAGAAGAAGAGAUCCAAGAAGGCGCGCGAGGACGAGGGUGAUCUCGACGUCGAGGCAGGUCUGAACAGGGCGUUCGAGCGCAUGGACGGUCAGCUCCUGGCGGAUCACAUUGCUCAGAAGGUGACGAGGUUCGGGACCGAUCUCAGCUCCGUUGAGCUUUCGGACCUGUACAUAUCUGCAAACGCUAUCAAGGACACCACUUCCUUCCAAAAGCCCAGGAACAAGGACAACCUGCCAGAGUUCCUGGAGGAGUUCUCGGAGAAUCCUGCCAAGUUGGCUGAGGCGCCCAAGAAGAACGGGUCGCCGCACACCUUGGUCGUGGCGGGCGCGGGUCUGCGUGCUGCGGAUUUGGUCAGAUCUUUGAGGAAGUUUGGAACAAAGAACAACUCGGUUGCCAAGUUGUUCGCCAAGCACUUCAAGGUUGAGGAGCAGGUCUCCUUCCUCAAGAAGAGCCGACGGGAAUUGCCGUCGCGUCUGAUUGACCUAAUCGAGAAUGAGUCGUUGUCUCUUGACAGCCUGAAGAGAAUCGUUGUGGACGCUUCCCACAUUGAUCAGAAGAAGCGGGGCGUCGUUGACAUGAGAGAGACGAUGAUGCCAUUGAUCAAGCUCCUGACGAGGAAGGAGCUCCAGGACCGCUACACGGCGGAGGAGAAGCAUGUGGAUUUGAUCUUCUAUUGA